UCUUUGAUGUUGGUGUUAUUGUUAUGUUUUUUGUAUCUGAUUAGCAAUUGAAUUUAUCGAGUGUUUGUUUAUAUUGUCACAAAAAAAUGCUUGGUGUUUCAUGUUGGUGACUUUUUUAAACUGUGCUUUAUUUUUUAAAUUGAAAUGAAAUUGUAAAGCAUUGUUUUUGUACUUUGAUAGGGUCUGGAAACAUUAUUUCACAUUGUGUACUAAGCUGUCACCGGCAGAAACCUUGAACUGCAACAUGUCGAAAAAUAAGCUUAACUUAACACUUCCUCCAGGUUCAAUAGAACCCAUUCAACCUACUACUCCUUCGGCAGUACCACACCAUGGCGAUGCGUGUGUUACUACUGAGCGCAGCACCCUCGCGGGCAAGACGAGCAUAGAGCUGAUCCAGGAGCGGCUGGAGGAGCUGGAGAUGGACGACAACCAGCGCAAGCGCAUGGAGUUCUUCCUGUGCCAGAAGGAGAAGAUCGGGGAGCUGAGCGACGACGACUUCGAGAAGCUGGGGGAGCUGGGCGCCGGCAACGGGGGCGUCGUCAUGAAGGUCCGGCACCGCUCCAGCGGGCUCAUCAUGGCCAGGAAGCUUAUUCAUCUGGAGGUGAAGCCAGCAAUAAAGAAGCAAAUAAUUCGAGAAUUAAAAGUUCUGCACGACUGUAAUUUUGCACAUAUCGUGGGUUUCUAUGGAGCUUUUUAUAGCGAUGGAGAAAUCAGUAUUUGCAUGGAGUAUAUGGAUGGAGGCUCUCUGGAUUUAAUUUUGAAGAAAGUUGGAAGAAUACCUGAAUCUAUUUUAGGAACUAUAACUGUGGCAGUGCUGAAAGGCCUCAGCUACUUGAGAGAUAAGCAUGCCAUCAUGCAUCGCGAUGUGAAGCCUAGCAACAUUCUAGUGAACAGCAAUGGAGAAAUAAAGAUCUGUGACUUCGGGGUUUCUGGCCAGCUCAUUGACUCAAUGGCGAACUCGUUCGUUGGUACAAGGAGUUAUAUGUCGCCUGAAAGGUUACAAGGCACACACUACUCAGUUCAAAGUGACAUUUGGUCUUUAGGACUGUCUUUGGUCGAGAUGGCUAUUGGAAUGUACCCUAUCCCUCCGCCCGAUGCUAAGACACUUGCGGCAAUAUUCGGAACCUGCGGGAUGGAAGAAUAUGACAACCAUGGCCACAUUCACCCACCAUUGUCACCAACACACAGUAACUAUCAGCAAAACUCAAAUGGACCCAGACCAAUGGCCAUAUUUGAACUGUUGGAUUACAUUGUGAAUGAGCCACCUCCAAAACUGCCAGGUGGUAUAUUUUCAGAUGAGUUCAAGGACUUUGUGGACAGCUGUUUGAAGAAGAACCCAGCUGAGAGGCCCGAUCUGAAGACAUUGAUGAACCACCCGUGGGUUCGCAAGGCAGAGAUAGAGAAUGUGGACAUAGCCUCGUGGGUUUGUCGCACCAUGGAGCUCCAAGCUCCCAGCACUCCCACACGACCGGCGCCCAACUACUGAGGCUCCUUCUGUUUGCCAGCGCGACUAUUUCACUCGUGUGCAGCGCCAGCUCACUUCCCGCUGGGGGUCGUGUGUCUGCCACGUUGGUCCGUGCAGUGCCGGUUGAAAGUUUCAGCCAGUUGGCGAGUGGCGAGCGCAGAGACGGUAGACAAGUACGUACGAACAUCACGUUUAUCAACAUUUUUUUCCUCUUCCUGUGCAGUGGUCUUCGCAAUGCACGUGAAACGUAAAUGGAAACAAUUAUGGUUGCAUUAAUCAAUACGAACAUUCAUAGCUUCAAUAUUUUAUUGUGUAUCGGCUUUCCAAUUUAUAAUGAAAUGAUGUUGGAAAAUUGUGCAAUGUUUGCUUUUAUUUGUGUCACUGGUUUAAAAAUCUUGAAUAUAGUUAUAUCUUUUUACAGUGUCUUAUAUUUAUUGUACUCUAUUAAUUUUUUUUUAACAAUAUCAUGUUAUCUUUUAUCUGUUUGCUGAAUUAAAUUCACCCACCAAAGUUAUUCAUUUUAUAAAUGGCAGAAGGUCAUAAUGAAAGAACAUACUGUGUAAAGCAUAAAUUUGUAUGAACAGUGUCUAGUAGCAUUGGUUUUGAUGCAUGUUGGUAACAGAGUGGUAACUUGGUAUUAGUGACCGACCUGAAAUGACGUGUUAGUAAAGUUCAAAGAACUGGUCUGGCUGAAAGAGUGUUGUGUAAGGCAGCAGGUAGAUAGUUUAUGGUGGGUAAACUUGUGUCUACUUGUCACUCAGAAAAGUUACUAAAUGUCACUGUACAGUGAUUUUCAAUACUGUUUUAAGAACCAGCAUGUACCAUUAAAUGGAAACAAUGUGCAAUCAGUUGUUGAUAGUGACAAGAUUUUUUUUUGUUGUACUAUAAAAUGGAACAGAUAACAUUAACUACAGGCUAAGAACUGUGUAUAAUGAAAUUUAUGUUUCCAUCAAGCUACAGUAAUAUUCAAGUCAGUGAUGCAUAGAGUUCCCUUUCCAACAUGGGGAUGACAUUGUCGCUACAUUCCACCAGUUGUAUGUUCACACAUGCAGAAAUACACAAAUAAAUAAUGGUUCAAUCAGUGCAUGGCUGGAUAUGAAAAUUGAAUGUAGUCAAUGCAUCUUAAAAUCAUUGUUGUCGAAAGUGAUUUUUGUGAAAAGGGAAUUUGUUUUGAAUGAAGGAUGAGGUGGAGGGGGGUUUAGGGAACUCAAGCUACUUAAUCGAUGAAUAAAUUCCUGUUAAACUUAAGAUUGUAGCUUUAUUACACAUACAAUCGUUACUUUUGAGGUACUGUCAGGUAUUAAGUAUUGACUUUUCGUGUAUAUGGACACGGCAAGCUCAAUUAUCAAAUGUUCCAUUAUUUUAAAUAGUUAUGUCAUCAGGAUUACAGAUCUGCUUUGGGUUUGGCAUUAAUACAUUUCUUUACAAAAACUUUACACACAGAGAAGAGACACGCUGUUAUCUAUUAUUUUAAAAAUUACUUAAAUUGAUUGUCUCUUCCAAUCAAAAAUAUCAGUGUUUUAACAAAAUCCUUACUUUCUUAAUCAUUUUCACAAAGAGUGGUAUCUAUGCAGAAGCGGAUCCAAAAGGGGGCUUAACGGGCAUCUUUACACUGUGACUAGAUAAAAUUACAUUAGCUGGAAAAAACCUUCACGUGCUUUUGGAUUCACCACUGUAUAUUUCUUAGAAAUAACAAACUUUUUUUUUGGUAUUGUUUGUAGUCUUUUUAAUCCCUUGGGUUCACAAUUGCAGAUAGAAUUUAUAAGGUUAUAACAUGGACAGUGGCGGAUUUAGAUGGGGGGCACUUCCCCCCUCCUCCCAGAAGGGUAAAAUAUGCACUGGAUAAUACGACUUCUGAAGUAAUAAGCAGGUAUUAUACUAGGUCCAGACUACCAGUGCCCCACCCAUAAGUCAAGUGAAAGAUAGGUUUUUUUUUUUUAAAUUCCAUUUGGAAACCAUGGGGUUAAAAUUUCAGCCUUGACCCGAAACAUAUACCUAACACUUCUGCUUGUAAAUAUGUCAUAGAAUCAUAAUUUAUUUAAAUUCUCAAACUCAUAGCAUUUUUCCAUUAGAAUAAAGUUAUGUGGGGCAAGAUUUCGGCAGAACUAAACGGUCAUGUUGGACUGUGUUUGACAGUAACCACUGUUUUUACAGAUUCAGUAGAAAACUUGGAAGUAUCUCGGAAUGUGAUUGAGGUUUUUGUAUGGCUGCUGCAUGUCAUAUAGAUGCCUUUAUUUCAGCAUGAAGUUAUUCUUUCAUUUUUGAUUUGAGCUGCAUUAAGAUUUAUAGUGUUCACUGCUAUAUGAAAAUGUGUGUUUAGAAAGAAAAACAAAUUUGAAGAACUUUUUUGUAUCGUUAUCAUUUCAUGCACAUUUUCUUCUCACCAAAUAAAAGCUGAAUGUAAUUUUUUAUUAUUAAAAAAUAACCAUUCACAACUAUUUACUGAUCUAGUUCAACCAAAGUCUGAAAGAAAGACUGUCAUACCUUAUUGCAUGCACUCACUAUUGUUUAUAAUCACAUUGUUUUAAUCAUUUAUAUGUGUCGACAAGUGUACUUUAAGUAUAGUAAUUUUGUGAACAAUUUAUUAUUUUUUUAUGAAUCUAAUAAUUACUUGGUUUUUAUAAUUGAUGCUUAUAAUUUUUUAACUUUGUUACAAUUAUUGUGUGGGUUUAUGAAUGAAGUUAAUUGCUGUAAUUUCUCCCUGCCCCAUCUUCUGCUUAUCUCACACAUGUACUUUUUAGUGAAGUUUUGUGCAGUGACUAUUUUUGGGGGGGUUUUCAUUCCAUGCUAACUUUUUUACUGAAAAAAGUAUUUGUACUUAAAUUAGAUUUGUAUGUACGUAUAAUGUGAUAAUUUGGAAGUCAUCACAGACUUUUGAGAUUUUGCUUAGAAUUAUUUGAUUAAUUUGACAUGAUGUGACUAUCUAUAGGAAUAAGAAUAUGAAAUGUAUGAUUAACGUAUGAUCUUAGUCAGUCCAAAGUCUUUUAAAUUACAGUAACUAUUCAGCUGUAAUUAUUUACAUAAAUAUACUUAUGGUUCAAGACAAUCAUUUAUCUAAAUGUAGAUUAUUAAAUUACAAAUUUUGUUUGUGAGACUAAUAUUUUACAUUGUUCAAAUACUACAUAGUAUAUUUUUCUCUUUGCCCAUAUAAGCAAUAAAUUAUCUCUUAUUCAUGUUUAUGAUGGUCAUUUAUUUAAGUUUUAAAGUUUAAUGUUUGAAAAACAAAUAUUUUUGCUUGUAAAGGACCAUAUUUCAUGGUCACUUCCAUGCCAGUUAAGGUUCAAAUUUUUUUAUGGCUUUGCUAUUAAGACAUUUGUAAAUAAAAAUUUGUCAUAAACUGACAAAUGUAUUUAGUCGUUCACUGUUUUUUGAAAUGACAUCUAGGAAGAUGAUUAGUGUACUUGAUGUAAUUAGAUGACCAUUUUUAUUGUUUUUUUUUUACUUUAGAGAGUUCCUACCAUCUUUUUUUUUUUUUCUGUGAGCCAAAUGCAAAUUAUGUGGCCAAAGAUUUUUUUUUUGCUAAUAAUGUAGUAACAAAAGAUUCUUUCAUUUCUUUACUGAAUACAUUUGAAUUCAAUCACGGUAAUACAAUACAUAAUUUAUCAACAGUGGUCAUCUAUUUAAAUAUUUGUAAUUUUAUAGACUGUAUUGUUUUAUCAUUUAUGUUGUUUUAUUGUUAUGUUUGAGAAUUUUGUUUAAAAACAUUGUACAAUCCUAUAUUAAAUCUGUAAAUAAUGUACAAAA